AUGGCUCUUAACAGUAGUGCCAACAGCAGCAGUAAAUCUGAGAAGCCAGUGUCUCUAAUCUGGGGAUGUGAACUAAACCAUGAGAAGCAAACCUAUACAUUCAAGAUCCCAGAUGAAUGGAAGUAUGAGCAGCAGCUGGCCCUGCGGACAAUCUGCCUAGGAGAAAAAGCCAAAGAUGAGUUCAAUGUUGUGGAGAUUGUACCCUCCGAGGACAGCCAGGAUACCACGCCUGUGCCCCUAGCAACUCUGAAACCUUCAGUACUGCCAAUGGCCACCAUGGUGGGGGUUGAGCUGACUCCUCCUGUCACCUUCAGGUUGAGAGCUGGCUCUGGCCCAGUCUACAUCACUGGACAACACGUUACAUUGGUACCAGAUCUCUCCUGGGAUGAGGAGGAGGAGGAAGAGGAGGAGGUGGCUGAGGAAGAAGAAUCUCAGGAGGAUUCUCCCCCCAAAGCCAUCAAGCAUCCAGCUUCCAACAAGCGGGGUAGCAUUGCCAAGAAGAAGAAGAUGGAGAAAGAGGAAGAGAACAGUGUUCCUUCUGAUGAUGAUGUCCUUCCCAGCAAGGGAAGAGGAGCUGGCAGAGGGAGAAAGCCAGCAGCGAAGAAAUAG